GAUUUGUGGUGAAUAUGCAAAUGCAACUGGUACUGGCAUUGCCAUUGGAGCACCAGGGCCAACACUUCUUCACAAUUCUUCCAUCGCGACCUCGUCGCUUCCAACAACAAGCCGUCUUCACAGCGGUCAUGCACUUUUCUAGUUGCGCUGAAGUAGCAGCUCAUACUAAGCUCAUACUAGCCUCCUGUGCUAGACGAGCGUUCAGGUGUUGUGCUGCCAGCGGUCACAAAUGCUCCUGACCGGCACCCCCGCGGCGCUCCGCGCCGCGCGCGCCUCCCGCGUGGCCGCUUCCGCGCCGGCCGCCCCCUCCGCCGGACCCUCGGCCCAGGCCCUGCCUCUGCCGGGCACCCCCGCGGCUGCCCCUGCCCGCACCCGCCUCCGCCGCCGGCUUGUCUGCGUUGCGGCGGCGCCGCCCGCCGCUACGACCGUGGUCCUCACGGUCAAGCCCACCACCAACGGCAACGGCAAUGGCCACGGCGCCAGCAGCGGCUACGCCAGUAGCGGCUUCAGCGCCACCGGCAGCUACGCCAGCGGUGACGAGCAGGACGAGCCGCCGCAGGACUGGGACGAGGAGGAUGCCCUGUCGGUGCCGGCGGAGUUCCCCAUCCCGCGCGGCGAGACCGCGGGCGCCACACUGGUUCUGGAGGACGUGACGGUGCAGGCGGGAGACCGCGACCUGCUCUCCGACGUGUCUUGGAAGCUGAUGCCGGGCCAGCGCGCCGGCCUGGUGGGCGCCAACGGCUGCGGCAAGUCCACCCUGCUGCGCUGCCUCAGCGGCCUGCGCUCCGUGGACGCUGGCACCGCCCGGGUGGCGCCGCUGGUGCAGGUGGGCUACCUGGAGCAGACGGCGGUGGGCGGCAGCCGCCGCACCGUGUGGCAGGAGGCGCGCAGCCGCAUGUCGGGCCUGGUGGAGGCGGAGCGGGACAUGGCGCGGGCGGAGCGGGACCUGGCCAACGGCGACGCGGCGGCGGCGGAGCGGCUGGCGGCGGCGCAGGAGGCGUGGGAGAUGGCGGGCGGGCCGGAGAGCGAGCGCACCAUCACCAACGUGCUCACGGGCCUGGGCUUCAAGCCGGAGCAGUUCCACAAGCGCUGCACCGAGUUCAGCGGCGGCUGGCAGAUGCGCAUCGCGCUGGCCCGCCUGCUGCUGGGGCCGGCGGGCCAGGGCGGCAACGGCACCGGCGCGCUGCUGUUGCUGGAUGAGCCCACCAACCACCUGGACAGCGCCGCCUGCAAGUGGCUGGGCGACUUCCUGCGCAAGGGCGUGCCGCCCUCCACCUCCGUGGUGCUGGUCAGCCACGACGAGGCGCUGCUGGACGCCGCCUGCAACCGCAUCGUGGAGGUGCGCGGCCGCACGCUGAACCACUACGCCGGCAACUUCAGUAAGUUCCUGGCGCAGCGCGAGGCGCGGGAGGCCGCCGCCCGCGCCGAGGCGGAGGCGCAGCAGGCCGAGAUCGACAAGCUGGAGGAGUUCGUGACGCGCUUCGGCGCCAAGGCCUCCAAGGCCUCUCAAGCCCAGUCCAAGGCCAAGAUGCUUGAGAAGCUGAAGGCGCAGCAGACAGUCAUCCCCGCAGCGGCGGCCGCGGCAGGCGCCGGUGACGCACGCAAGGUGGCUCUGAAGCUGCCGCGUGCGCCGCCCUGCUUCACCGAGGCCAUCAAGCUCACGGGCGCGGCGGUGGGCUGGGGCACGCCCGGAGAGCCGGGCGCCAAGCCCCUCAUCAGCGGAGUGAACCUGGUCAUUCGCCGCGGGCAGCGCGUGCUGGUGCUGGGCCCCAACGGCGCGGGCAAGUCCACGCUGCUCAAGGCGGUGGCGGGCAACCUGCCGCUGUGGGCGGGCGACCGGGUGCUGGGCGAGGGCGUGCGGCUGGCGGUGUUCAGCCAGGACCUGGCGCAGGAUCUGCCGUUGGACAUGCCAGCCCUUGAGUACGUGGAGGCGGUGGCGCGCGCCAACGACCCUGGCAUCACUCUGGAGAAGUGCCGCCAGGCGCUGGGUGCGCUGGGGCUGACCGGCACCAUGGCGCUGCAGAAGAUUGGCGUGCUGUCUGGCGGCGAGAAGGCGCGUGUGGCACUGGCGGCGUUUGCGCUGGUGCCCGCCAAUGUGCUGCUGCUGGAUGAGGCCAGCAACCACCUGGAUGCCCAGACCAUCGAGGUGCUGACGGGCGCCCUGAAGGACUUCGAGGGCGUCAUCAUCGCCAUCACGCACAACCAGUCCUUUGCCGCCUCCCUCAACGCCACGCACAUCCUCCGCGUCGCCAACGGCGUGGCCCGCCUCAGCGACAACCUCGGCCUCUCGGCGUCAGACUUCGAGCACCCCUCCACCGGUGCCUCGUCUGCGCCUGCCGCCUCCAAGGCCGCCGCGCCCGCGGCUGCCACUACUGGCGGUGGCAAGAAGGGCGGCAAGAAGGGUGCUGCCGCGGCGCCCGCACCCGCGCCUGCCAAGGCGGCGCCGGCUGCUGCCGCCCCUGCACCGGCUGCCGCCAAGUCCAAGUCGAAGCGCACGACGCUUGCGUACAAGGAGCAGCUGGAGUACCAGAAGCUGGGCAAGGAGAUGGAGGCCCUCGGCAAGAAGCGUGUGCAGCUAGAGGCGCAGCUGGCGGACGCGGCGGUGGCUGGCGGUUCCAAGGUCAUGCACAUCAGCGCUGAGCUGGGCAAGGUGGUUGACGAGCUGGAGAGCAAGGAGGUGCGCUGGCUUGAGCUAGCGGAAAUCGCCGGCGACAUCUGAAAGGGUUUGGAGAAGAUCUUCGGAGCGUUGGUGCGGGAGUGUGUGUAUGUGCUUGCAUUUGCAGGGCGUGCUAUCUGCCAGGUGUGGUACAAGCUUGGCGUGAGUGACUUGGAUGCGAUUGAUGGAAUGGACUUUACUUAUUGCUCAGAAUUAGUGUGAGAGUGAGAGUGAGGUGAGUACCGUAGCGGCAGUGAGGAACAGCAGAGGGGUGGCAGCGCCCGCAUGCUGCGGCACGCUUGGGUUAGCUUUUACAAUGAGAGUGUGCAGGGAUUUUUGAAGAGGAGCGUGGGCGGACAUAUGAAGGCUCAGAGAUGAACUGAUCGUGGUUAUGGACGAGAGUGGUUGGCAGGGGAUGUGGCGAGCGUCGUGUCUGGCAGACUGGCACCAGGGCAGGCGCCAGCGCUGCAAUGGGCGUGUGAAAGGCUGAAGGCGUGGGCUAAAGGGCUGGUUCCGUACUUCGUGCGCGCUUUUAAGUGCAUUGCCAG